AAUUUAAAUUUACAAUCAGUAGCCUGUUACUGAGAACAGAUUGAAGUUCUGUAGACUGUGUGAAUUGUAUGUCAGUAUUGCGAUUGUUACUGGUGUGCAUUGUAUGUCGGUGUUUAGAUUGUUACUGGUGUGAAUUGUAUGUCGGUGUUUAUAUUGUGACUGGUGUGAAUUGUAUGUCGGAACUAAAAUUGUGAGUGAAAAAAUUGCAACUUAGGAAUACAUCAAGAAUUGACCGAACUACUGCAGAGCUAUGAUUGUAGUGCUGUAAAUGUCUGAAUUAAGAUUGUGACCAACAUAAUCUUGAAUGCUAUAAAACGGAACAAUAUAUUAACAAUUGUGAAGUAUAAAAAGCACGAUGGCUCGUUCAAGAGAUGAAUUUAACGAAUGGGACUGGCUGCUGUUUGCUGCAAUGUUGUCAGUCUCAGCAGCCAUUGGGAUAUACUAUGCUAUACGAGGAGCUAAACAAAACUCAACAAAAGAAUUCUUGAUGGGAGGCAGACAGAUGCUGUUGAUACCAGUCGCUAUAUCUAUACUGGUUUCUUUCAUGUCGGCUAUUCUUAUCCUUGGAACACCAGCAGAAAUGUAUACACAAGGAACCCAGUAUUUUGUUUACCUGUUUGGAAUGAUUCUUGCUGUCAUCCUGGCCUCUCAACUGUUCGUUCCUCUGCUCUAUCCUCUAAACCUCACAAGUUCAUUUGAGUACCUAGAAAAACGUUUCGAUUCGAAAGCGGCUAAGUUGACAGGGACCAUUAUGAUGAUCUUGCAACAGGUAAUCUAUAUGGGAAUAGCCUCAUUUGCUCCAUCUACAGCGCUAGAAGCUGUUACAGGAUUUCCAACUUGGGCAACCAUUGUUACUGUUGGUCUUGUAUCUACAUUGUAUACGUUUCUGGGUGGAAUGAAAGCUGUUGUAUGGACAGAUGUAUUCCAGUCAUUAGUUAUGAUUGCCGGAUUACUAGCCAUUGUAAUUCAGGGAGUGGUAGAAGUCGGAAGCAUGGGUGACGUGUGGGAAAUCAACGACAAGUGGGGACGGAUCGAUUUCUUUGACUUUAAUCCUGAUCCCACUCAGCGCCAUUCCUUCUGGUCAUUAAUUGUUGGUGGUAUGGUAGGAUGGACAGCGACAUAUGGUGUGAAUCAAGCCAGCGUACAGAGAUACUGUUCAGUACCAACAUUGGCAAAAGCUAAGCUCGCUGUGUUGUUAAACGUUCUUGGUGUUGUAAUACUAUUAGUUGUAACCUGUUUGGCAGGAAUUGUUGUGUUUGCAUAUUAUAAUGGAGUGAUUGGCUGUGAUCCAUUGGCCAAUGGACAAGUAAGCAACGAAAAUCAGAUAAUUCCACUAUUUGUCAUGAAAACAUUGGCUUACCCUGGUUUACCUGGGUUAUUUGUCUCAUGUUUGUUCAGCGGAGCACUUAGUACGAUGUCCUCAUGUUUAAAUAGUUUAGCUGCAGUGACGUGGGAAGAUAUUUUUAAACCAUUCUGGGGAAAUAUUUCAGAAGAUAAGAAAAUUUGGGUGACAAGAAUAUUAGUUGUGUUUUACGGAGGUUGUGGUAUAGGUAUGGCCUUCAUGGCAAUGAACCUUGGAGGAACAGUGUUACAGGCCUCACUGAGUUUUACCGGAGCUGCAUCUGGUCCUUUGUUAGGAAUAUUUGUUCUUGGAGCUUUCUUUCCAUGGGCCAACUGGAUCGGGGCAGUUAUUGGGAGUAUUUUAGGUUUUAUACUACCAAUGUGGAUUAGUAUAGGUGCAUACAGCGUUGGAGGAAAAAUAAAUCUCCCUACCAACACGUCACUGUGCUACAUUUACAACCAAAUAGACAACAGCACAAGCUCAUACGUCACGUCCACAGAAAUGUAUACUACUGUCAUGCCAGAUGAAUCGUCAGGAGGCAUAUCAGAUCUAUACAAAGUAUCAUAUUUAUGGUACCCAUCAAUAGGAGCUGCCACUGUUGUUGUAGUGGGAAUGAUAGUUAGCGCUAUAACAGGUUUUACAAGAAAAUCUGAUGUUGAUCCAAAGUAUUUGAUUCCGUUGUUUGACAGAAUUUUCUGCUGUCUGCCAGCUUCGGUCCGUCGAUGGUUGAGAUGUUAUAUAGACUUCGAGGAUCCGGAGGAUAUAAAAGAAGAAGAAAAGGAUGAGGAAUUUACAGUUGACAAGGAAGGCAACCUAUAUAAAGAACCAUCGAUAAUUGGAUCGAUGAAAAAUGGCGAUAUCAUCGACUACAAUAUCGGACGAUAUUCUAAACUGAAUAAACCUUUUGAUAAUGGAGCACCACCAUCUUAUGGGACACUAGAGCAUAAUAAUUUGGCCUUUACAGAUGAAUCUCAUACAAGAAUAUGAAUUUCGGUAGAACAUACUAUUAGUUUCUGAAUACUAUUGUAGACAUUGCACAAACUGACUGACCAAUCACAAUCAAGCAUUAUAUAGCUACUUUAAAAUCUGUCCAUCAUAUAUAUAAAAAUGCAUAUAACUAUAGAGGAACAUUUGUUUUAAUGUACAUAUGCUCUUGUGAUUAUCAUGAAUUUUUCAACUAAUAUGUAAAUUCAAGGUUCAUUCAAUGCUAUAAUUGAAAUUAACAGUAACAGAUUGACAAAGUCCAUGUUGAGUUGUCUCCCGUAACAUGCUGAAAAUAUCAUUCGUUGAUAAGGAAAUAUUAUUGUUGCAACCAUGUUUAACCCUGAGUUUCAGUGAUUUAUUUUAAUGUACAUGUGCUCUCGUGAUUAUCAUGAACUCUUCAACUUAUAUAAAUCCAAGAUUCAUUAAGAGUCAUUCUUUGAUUUAUGGAUAUUAUUGCAUUCAUUUAUUUGUUGCCUCCAAGGAAAUAUAAUUGCAGAAAUUUAUUUCUGACUUAUUCGUUUUUUAAUAAUAAUUUCUUAAUAUGGUUAACGGGUAUUCCGUAAGAGGGGGUUAAUGUCAGUACGACAAAAACCUAACUUAUAUAUUGUAUUAUAUUUCAUUUUCUAUUGUUUCAUUUUUAUUGUAAACUAUACUGAGUCAAAAAAAAAAUCAGCAACAUAAAUGUGAUAUUUUAUUAUAUUACAAAAUCAUAACAACAUAUAGUUUUAAUAAUAACGAAAUGGAAUUAUGACAUGUCAGAAGCAACAUGAAUGUUUAUCACUCACAUUCAUUAGGAUUUUCUUCGUAUGCAGCGCGAGAAGGUCUAAAUUUGAAAAUGAGUAUAGUGGUUUUUAAAAUCAAUUUCUCAGCCAUGCCCUAAGUGCACACAUGAAGGAUUAGCAGACACACCAGCAGCUGCCCUUAGUCAUGCACUACUUUUGUGGCAGAACAAAAAAACUGGUCACGUGCUGACGUAAAGCGAAGGAAGCGUUUCUCCCCUGACGAUAGUUUUGUGGUCUACGAGAUAUCGACCUAUCCUGUGCAGUUGCAAUUUGUCGAAAUCUUUUGUUAGUCUCUAAACUGUUCCCUAAUGCACAUUAAAUUGAGCCAAGAUGUCAGCAACACUCAUUCUGGCCAUUUUCGGGGUGGCCUGGUUGACGCUCCACGCAAUUUUGUCAAAGGUAUAUGUGUUUUUCUAACAAAUGGUGUGUAUAUAAACGGUAGUGAAAAAAGACUUUUUAAUAUCGUUUUCAAAGUACAAGUACAGACGUUAAAACAUCAAUUACACACGCAAAGCUGAAAU